CGUGUACAAAAUCAUCUCGACCAAUAAAUGUUGAUUCAUUGAUUCCUUCCUCCUGUCUAUUCUUGUUUUCGAUUGCCACCACGAAUCCCAACCAUUGAUUUGCAUUAUUACAAUUCUUGCACAUUUGUAUUAAUAGGUAAUACGAAGUACUAACCAAAAUCAAGUCCACGCACAGUUGGAGAGUUUCCCAACCACUUUGGCGGAGCUUGCAACUUGCCACUUCCCUUGUUUUUAUCGAACACCUCCUCACUCUUUUACCCUUCAAAAACCUCUUCCAACUCUCACACUUCUUUCUUGAACUCUGUCUCUGACUCUGUCUCUCUAAAUUUUGGAUCAGAACACCUCCAUUAUCAUUGUUCCCAUUCCAAAGAGGCAUUUUCUCCUUCUGUACUGACAAAAAUGGAUGCCACACUGCCAUUUUGUAAAUCUGUCACCUCACCUCCUGGUUUAUUUGUGGGGAGAAGUAGAGGAAUCAGAGCUUCCCAAUGUAGCUUUAUGGUGGGAACUAGUAGAGUGAACUUUCCUAGGCAAAGACUCGAGGGUGCACAAGUUGGUGGUUAUAAAUCUAAGAAGCGUGGAGGAGCUCUCAAUGCUACAUGUCGUGCUGAGAAAAUUCUGAUUGCAAAUAGAGGAGAGAUUGCCGUUCGGGUCAUUAGAACUGCACAUGAGAUGGGGAUACCUUGUGUGGCUGUUUACUCAACCAUUGACAAGGAUGCACUCCAUGUGAAAUUGGCAGAUGAAUCAAUUUGCAUUGGUGAAGCGCCAAGCAAUCAGUCGUAUUUAUUAAUUCCAAAUGUUCUAUCUGCUGCUAUCAGCCAUAAGUGUACAAUGCUGCAUCCUGGAUAUGGUUUCCUAGCUGAGAAUGCAGUAUUUGUUGAAAUGUGCAAAGAACAUCGAAUCAACUUCAUUGGGCCUAACCCUGACAGUAUCCGUGUUAUGGGUGACAAGUCAACUGCUAGAGAAACAAUGAAGAAGGCAGGUGUUCCAACUGUACCAGGAAGUGAUGGAUUAUUACAGAGCACAGAAGAAGCAAUCAGGCUUGCCAAUGAGAUUGGAUAUCCUGUUAUGAUCAAGGCAACAGCAGGUGGUGGUGGCCGUGGCAUGCGUCUAGCUAAAGAACCUGAUGAGUUUGUGAAGAUGCUACAGCAAGCCAAAAGUGAGGCAGCAGCUGCAUUUGGAAAUGAUGGAGUUUAUUUGGAGAAGUACAUUCAAAAUCCUAGGCACAUUGAGUUCCAGGUUCUUGCAGAUAAAUAUGGUAAUGUCGUCCACUUUGGAGAGCGUGAUUGCAGCAUCCAGAGACGGAAUCAAAAGCUGCUGGAAGAAGCACCCUCUCCUGCGUUGACCCCAGAGUUGAGGAAAGCAAUGGGUGACGCAGCGGUUGCAGCAGCAGCAUCUAUAGGUUACAUUGGUGUUGGAACAGUUGAGUUCCUUUUGGACGAAAGAGGUUCCUUCUACUUUAUGGAAAUGAACACUCGGAUCCAGGUUGAGCAUCCUGUGACAGAAAUGAUUUCCUCUGUGGACUUGAUUGAGGAACAAAUUCUUGUGGCUAUGGGAGAAAAACUCCGGUAUAAACAGGAAGAUAUUGUGCUCAGAGGACAUUCAAUUGAAUGCCGUAUCAAUGCAGAAGAUGCCUUUAAAGGAUUCCGACCUGGGCCAGGGAGAAUAACAGCAUAUUUGCCAUCUGGAGGUCCAUUUGUUAGAAUGGAUAGCCAUGUUUAUCCUGACUAUGUGGUUCCUCCAAGCUAUGAUUCCCUUCUAGGAAAGCUUAUUGUAUGGGCUCCAACAAGAGAAAAGGCAAUUGAGCGCAUGAAAAGAGCUCUUGAUGACACUAUUAUUACAGGGGUUCCAACAACCAUUGAAUACCAUAAACUUAUACUUGAUGUGGAGGAUUUCAAAAAUGGCAAAGUUGAUACUGCCUUUAUCCCAAAGCAUGAGCAGGAAUUAGCAGCGCCCCAUAACCUGGCAAAGAUCUAGCUGGCACAGUUUCUUUAGAUGGAUCUCUUGCUCUGGUAUUUCAACCUUUUUCAGUUCCCAGUUCUAACAAAUCAAAAUGGUUGCUUGCCAUUGAUUGUGGCGGAAGGAGGAAAUACCGAGUGCUGUCAUGAUGCUGCAGAAGCCUAUUGAUAGAUGUUGAAUUUUUUCUAUUAAGCAUCCUUAAGUGCAAUGAUCCUGUUCUUUUUGGGGUAUGAUGCACCCUUUCUGAUGGGGAAAAGCAUGUAAGCUUGGUGGGUCUCUUGCUAGCUUUGGCUAUAACUUGGCAUGUAUUUUCUGAUGUUCAGCAUCAUACCAAAUUCAAUUAUUAACCUUUUUUUUUUUUUGAGGAUGAGAAGAAAUUAUGAAGGUAGUAACACUUUAUAGAGUCACAUUAUUGUUCAAUAUAAUAUAACAAAUAUUGAAUACAUUACUGAACAAAUUUCUGAUGUGGUACUGGACAA